ACGGCAAGAAGGCACUAACUAAACGGGGGUUUAUUUUCUUUAAUUCCCAUCGCUGUUUCCUUGCUGUGUUCAUCUGCAGUUUGUUUUUACCCUUAAGAAAAUUGCAGCAAUAGGAAUGGCGUUUCAGAAGAUAAGGGUGGACAACCCCAUCGUUGAAAUGGACGGAGAUGAAAUGACACGGGUAAUUUGGAAAAUGAUAAAAGACAAGCUUAUUUUCCCUUAUCUGGAGUUGGAAAUUAAGUAUUUUGACCUGGGCCUUCCUCAUCGUGAUGCUACUAAUGAUAGAGUUACUGUUGAAAGUGCUGAAGCUACUCUCAAGUAUAAUGUGGCAAUCAAAUGUGCUACAAUAACCCCAGAUGAAGCUCGUGUCAAGGAAUUUAACUUAAAGCAAAUGUGGAAGAGUCCUAAUGGUACAAUUCGGAACAUUUUAAAUGGCACAGUUUUCAGAGAGCCAAUUAUCUGCAGAAACAUCCCUCGUCUUGUUUCAGGUUGGACAAAGCCCAUCUGCAUUGGAAGGCAUGCAUUUGGGGAUCAGUACCGAGCAACUGAUACAGUAAUAAAAGGGAAGGGAAAGCUAAAGUUGGUGUUUGUACCCAAUGGACAUCAUGAAACAAAUGAGUUAGAGGUCUAUGAAUUUACUGGUGCUGGAGGCAUAGCUUUGUCCAUGUAUAACACUGAUGAGUCCAUUCGAGCUUUUGCUGAGGCUUCAAUGAAUAUUGCUUACCAGAAGAAGUGGCCACUUUAUCUUAGCACUAAAAAUACGAUCCUCAAGAAAUAUGAUGGAAGAUUCAAGGACAUUUUCCAGGAAGUCUAUGACAGUCAAUGGAGUUCCAAGUUCAAAGCUGCAGGGAUAUGGUAUGAACAUCGUCUCAUUGAUGAUAUGGUGGCAUAUGCUCUUAAAAGCGAUGGAGGUUAUGUAUGGGCCUGCAAGAAUUAUGAUGGGGAUGUCCAGAGUGAUUUCUUAGCCCAAGGAUUUGGUUCUUUGGGCUUGAUGACAUCAGUACUGGUUUGCCCAGAUGGAAAAACUAUUGAAGCAGAAGCAGCCCAUGGCACUGUUACCCGUCAUUACAGGGUUCAUCAGAAGGGAGGUGAAACUAGUACAAAUAGUAUAGCAUCCAUUUUUGCUUGGUCACGAGGCCUUGCACACAGGGCAAAGUUGGAUGGAAAUGCCAGAUUGUUGGACUUCACCGAGAAACUUGAAGCAGCUUGCAUUGGAACCGUUGAAUUGGGAAAGAUGACAAAGGAUCUUGCGCUUCUUGUUCAUGGGCCAAAGGUUUCUAGGUCCCAGUAUUUGAAUACUGAAGAGUUCAUUGAUGCCGUAGCUGGAGAGCUGAGAACCAGACUAUAUACAAAAGCAAAACUGUAAAGUUCAGGCUAGAUGUUGGCUGAGAUUUCCAACAAUUCCGGUCUCAGAUCAGGAGAGGUUUAUAUGUGGGAAAAGCCUUUUCUUUAGUUUUACCUGGUAUUUUACCUAUUGGUUCAUCUCCCAUAUCAUGGUAACUGGGGAAUGUGAUGAUCAAUGACAGACUAUUUAAUCUAUCUGAGAAUUAAAUUGACUCAGUGAUGGAGUCUUGUGUAAUAAACUUUCUGGUCAUAUAUAAUGCAAAGUUCCCUGUUUUAUGAUAUCUAACCUUGACAUCA